GUUACGUUCACGUGGAAUAUUUGACCCAUUGCUUACUUUUGAGCGGAAACUAGUUUACACUCAAUGGUUUUCUUUAAUAAUGUGUAUUUACUAACGUUUAUUAUAAAUUUAUUGUUCAUAAUUUUCUUCUUUCGGUUUUCUCCACUACCAAAAUUUCACUGUGAAAUUCGUGUGACAGCUUCAAAGAAACACUAUAGGUUUUUUAAUUCCAGGUGUUUGGAGUUACCAUGGCAACAAAACUGGAAAGAAAAGGGGUCAAACAAUGUUCACCAAUCAAACGGCACCUCACUCUUUGAUCUUUGAUAAUUUCACAUCAAAGGGUUCAUGUUUCUGUGUCUGGACCUGAAAUAAACAACAUAAACUCGAGUUGGAGACAGACGAGCAGCUGAGGGAACAGACCCAAGAGGAGGAAGAGUCACCUCAACAGCCUCUGUGAAUACACACACACGAGAAUGUCCACAGAGAACUUGAACAUCGCCGACGCCUCCCUUCCCAGGCUCUACACCACUAACACUUCUCAGCAGAAUCAACUGUCGGCCAUCGCCGACAACUUCCACCGUCAGUUUUCUCACCUGCAUCCUGAACGCAAGCGGCUGCUGCUCUGCGCCGUCAACGAGUGUGGAGUAAAGAAGUUUGUGUCGACGACGAUACGACCUUCUCCCACUGAUCAUCCUGAGCUGUAUAGCUGGCAGGGCUGUGCCUCGUUUGUGUCUGACUUCCUGACCCUGGAGCCUCUAGAGCUGCCCUACGACCCCCCCACUCGUCUCUUCUCGUCCACGCGCGUUAUGCAAAAUCAGAGAGCCACGAGUUUUGAGUACGCCGUCCUGUUGUGCAGUCUGCUGCUCGGCGCCGACUACGACGCCUACUGCGUCAGCGGCUACGCCGACCGAGAGAUGUGUCUGCUGGACCAGAGGUUGCAGGACUGCCCCCUGCUGGACGCUCAGGCGGAGAAGGUGGCGUCAGAACAUCAGUCCCCGCAGGACAAAUACACGGUGAGACCUCCACGGCAGCUGAAGAGUCACUUUGAGGAGCAGCUGCAGGAGAAGAAGACGGAACAGGAGGCAGAAGCUGCCUCGCUUCACAAACAGGAAGUGGAGGAGCAGGAUGAGCAGCGACCCUCUGACCCCCUGUGGGUUCACUGCUGGGUCCUGGUUCUGCCCGGGUGUCGCGGUGUCAAGGAGAAGUUCUUCAUCGACCCUCUGAGCGGCCUCAGCUACAGCACUGACAACGCCAGCUUCCUGGGCAUCGAGAGCCUGUGGAACAGCUUCAACUGCUACGUCAACAAACAGGACUGUGGGCGGGGCUGCGGCGACGUGCUGUAUGUCCUGGAGGAUGUGAACCUGUGGGAGCCGGUCAUCCACGGAGCAACAAGUAAAAAGGAGCUGAUGCUGGAAAUCGAGAAGGAUGAGCAGCGUUUGUUCUCUCAACACAUAGAGGAGGACGAAGACGUGCAGCUGGCAGAGUACAAGGAAGAGGAGAAGGAGGAGAAGGAGGAGAAGGAGGAGAAGGAGGAGAAGGAGGACGAGGACGAGGAGGAGCCCCAGCCGUUUGCGAUGCCCACACCUUGGGUCACUUACAUCAACAUCACCAAUCAAGACCUGGAGACUCGUUUUCCCAGAGGACAGAAGGUGAAUCGCUACAGGAAAUCUAAGCUGGAGCAGUUUGUCCCGUACCUGAGGAUGGACGGUCUGGUGUCCCGACUGAGCCUCUACAAAGACCGGGCCUGCACUGAGGUUGCCAUGGUGAAGGAGGAGUACCUGCACAGAUCUGAUCACCUGGAGAAGAGAGAGGUCAACAAGGUCGAAGACUUCACCACAGAUCGCUUCAGAAAAGGACGACUCUUCCAUCUCAUCUUCCACAGGUACCGGUCCAUGACGGUGGACAGUGUUCAUGAGAUGGAGUUCAGUGACGCGGCUCGUGUGGAUGAUCUGGUUUGGAGGGUGGUGACACCAGGAGAGAUGACGGAGACGUUCCACGCUCGACCGGACUUCCUGUACUACAGACGCGCCGUGUUCGGCCGACACGUCCAGUUCUCGCAAAACAAGGACGCUGACCCGAAGAUCCACCUGGUGCAGGUGGUGGAGCGUUUCCAUAGAGACGAAUCCAAAGCAGCCAACGAGGACGUGGCAGAGCGCGUGUUCAUGAUGAGCGAGGGACGCAUCGAUGUGACCUUUCACCUGCGGGAGCACAGGAUCAUCGCGCUGAAGAUGAGCUUCACCACGGCGUCAGAGAACACGCGGCAACGGAGAGGGGAGGAGCUAACACCUCCACAGACGGAGUGUCUCAGGACUCCGACUCUGCGUGAGAUGAGGUCUUUGAUGGCGGACGAGGAUAAAGUGUCCAUUCACAUCAAAGAGUCCAUGAAAGAGGUGAGAGACAUUGUGUCCUGCAGAGAGAAGGAAGAGACGGACAUUUACCUCUUGUUUUCUCCGUGGACAACAGUAGGGGCCGCCAGAGCGCGCACGCAGAGAGAGGAAAUGGAGAGCCUGGCUGAGGGGGAGCACCAGUGGCUGCUGGAGAAGGAGAAGGACAUCCUGGCUCCGGUUCUGCUCCGACUGAGCAACCCGAGGACUCUGAGUGCCAAAGACGCCAAACACCUGCGUCAGGACUGUCUGAAUGAGUUCAAACAGAGACUGGCAGAGAGACAGAACCUCAUCCUGCAACGCUUCGAGAAGGAGAAACAGGAGCUGCAGAUGAAACAGGAGUGGUACCAAAGGAACCAGCUGAACAUGACGGAGCAGGAGGAGGAGGAGUAUCAGAGAUCCUGCUGCGAGAAAACUCUGACCAUACACGUGAUCGAGAAACGACUGGACAUGCACAAAGAAGAAGCUCCGGCAAAGCUGCUGGAGUUUGAUCAUAAACUGAGAGAAGACGAUCGCUUGGUUCGUCUGCUGCUCAAGUGUCCACACUGAGCUAAACUACAUGUCCCACAAUGCACCAGGGCUACACAAACAAUCCCUAAACACACUAAUAUGGGAAAAUAAUGCGAGAAAACAGGAAACAGAUGCAAAUGAUUAAAAUGUUCCUCAUAGUUUUCAGGUAUUCUUAAGGUUUUACAUUUAUGUCAGUAGGGGGCGCUUUAGGUUACAGAAGAGGAUCAGGGUGAUGCGUGAGAAUGUUUUUAGAAACAAAAAAAGAAGAAAAAAAGCAAGAAGUCUGAAAAUAUUUCACAGAAUUUCAAAAUAAAAGUUUUUUGUUUUGAUACGAAACAACAUAUGGUUCACAAUGAAAAAAUAUAGUUAUCAUUCAAAAUGAAUCUAUAAAUAACAGACACCGUAUUUUUGAUGAUAUUUCACAGAAUUUGACACAGUUUGCUUUUAAUAGGAAUUAUUCUAUAGAAAAUUUAUUUAUAAUGCAAAAUGAAUAAGUGAAUAAAAAAAUAACUACAGAAUAAACUUGAGACCUCAGAUUUCUGUCGAAUGACAUUUUUGUUGAUAAGGUGUCUACUGUCUGUUUUAAAAUACAAAUAAAUAUGUUGUAUAUGUUG